CAGAUCGGGUAGUGACCGUAGUGACAGUGGCAGCAGGGUGGCAGUAAUGCAACAUUACGGAUGCGAGCUGCCGUUAAAGACACCGUAGAAACAGCAGCAGAAGAAGACGAAGCAGAAGCAGAAUAAGAAGAAGCAGAAGAAGAAGUCAGUGAAAGUGCUGUCCUGAUUUUAUAAAAAUAACUGAGACUUGAACAGAACAAGAAUCCACUGUUCCCCUCCCUGACCUCCUGUUCCUGACCCUCUAUGAAACACAUCUCCAACCAUGAAUGAAGUAAAUAUAAUCAGAGAGGGAUGGCUUCACAAAAGAGGUGAAUAUAUCAAAACAUGGAGGCCGAGGUACUUCAUCCUGAAAAAUGACGGUUCCUUCAUUGGCUACAAAGAGAAGCCUGAUCUUAACGACCAGAUUUCACCUCCCCUCAACAAUUUCUCAGUGGCAGAGUGUCAGUUAAUGAAGACUGAAAGACCCCGGCCUAACACAUUUGUAAUCCGUUGCCUACAGUGGACCACUGUCAUUGAACGCACCUUUUACGUGGACAGUAAUGAGGAGAGAGAAGAGUGGAUGCGUGCAAUCCAGUCGGUGGCAAAUAGUCUGAAGAUGCGAGAACAGGAGGAGGAGGAACCAAUGGAUCUGUUUGGCUCACCCAGCGAAAGCAGCCUGGAGGAGAUGGAGUUGUCUCUGACCAAGAACGGCUCCAAAGUGGUGAGAGGAUCACAUCAGAGUUUCCAUUAGAAUUUUUUUUUGCCGGUCAAGAUGUCCGUUAAAGUU